AUAGUCAAGCUAACAUAUUUAUACUUUCGCUUUCAUUUCAUUUCAGGAUCCAUUUGACGCUGAGAAUGAGCGCCAAUAUGGAUUGUCACAUGACAACCCUCAUGCUGUCAAGACAACAACCAAUGUCGUAAUUCUACCAUCCAUUAAUAAGUGGAACUGUUUCAGUGUCCGUGAUCGACGGACUGUCGACGUCAUUGGAUCACGUGAUAACAUGAACACAGCCACUUCCGUCAGCCCCACGUCGGCGUUGGAGAUAAACCAUUUAUUUAGUGAAAAGGUGACGGAUUAUCCUGCCCAGGCAAGCAGAUCGAGUGCAAAUGAUCUCACGAGGAACAACAGCGAUUACCGUAGGUUGACGUUACGAGAGAAGCUUGCGAAACAACGUUCUGAAAGAGGAAAGGACGAUGGCAAUACUGAAGAACCUCGUCGUUUAACAAAGGCAACAAGUUUAGGAGGUGCAUCAACUACUACAACAAAUUAUUACCGACCGACGGUUAGGAGCCAAUCUAAUGACGCUAGGAACGAUAAUAGUUCUGAAGAACCUCGUCGUUUAGCAAAAGCAACAAGUCUAGGAGGUGCCCCGACUCCGCCAACAAACUCUCGCAGACCGGCAACUAGGAGCCAGUCUAAUAGUUCAAUUACGGAAGAAAAAACAGUGUUUGGUUUCAAGAUAAUGAAAGGAUUACCGGGUAGUUCAGACUCACGAAAUAAUAACAGUACUGCUUUUACUCGACAUGGAAGUUCUAGACAGCCUGGUAGGACAACCAACUAUAGCACUGUUAACAGAUUUAGGGAUAAAACAGGCAAUACAUUGUUUUACGCACCAAUGAACAACCGAACAUCUGAAACGACGAACACGUCUGAGGAGACAACAGAACCUGCAGAAAUUAGAGAUAGCUUGAAAGAUAAGGGAAACUCUUUAAGUAGUGAUAAGAACAUCGAAUCGAUGGCGAAUCAGAAGAGUUCUGGAGAUGUGGAUAAGAAAUCUUCCGAUACGGUGGAAAAAUCAGAUAAAGAUAGCUCUAAUAUGGUUAAUACAACAGUCUUGAAUAUUGGUGCUAAAGGAGCAAGAAAUAUUUAUGUCAUGGGUGCUAGGAAAAAAUCUGAUAAACUUGGAAAUAUUGAUACGAAAGUUGACAGUAAAGACAAAGAUGAAAACCACGAUGAUGAAAUAUUUAGAGUGAGUAAAGAAAUCGAGGUCCAAAAUGAGGAAGGCAAAACUGAAAAACUGCUUGUUAGGGCUGAAUCUUUACGUGAAGGAAAAUCGCGGCUCGAGGAAUUCCGUGAAAAACAAAGACGUGGGAAGCUUACGAGAUCGUUGACAAAUCCAGAUUUUCAACAAAGUGAGAACAUGGCGUCUAGCAAGGGGAAAAAUGUUAGCGAAAGUCUGGCGGAAAUUAGGGAAAGAAUACGAGAGAGGAGACGGAAAAAAGGGCAACUUAAGAAAUCACAGUCUAUGCCAGAGACUGACUCGCCUCCAAAGCAGGAUGGUGAGGAAAAUACUAAUGAAUUUUCAGAUGAUGCUAAGAAUAAUCUAGGGAAAUCAAAGGAAGUUGAACUGAAUAAGAAAGGAAGUAAAGGGAGUGAAGAAGAGAAAGGUUCAAAUUUAAAUAAAUCGGAAUAUCUAGAGAUUGAACAAAAUACCAAGAUGAAUGACAAUGAAAAAGAUGAAAAUAUGACAGCGAUGAGUAGGAGGUGUGAAGAUGUGAUAGCGAAGGAUAACAGGAGUGAAGAGAUAAUAACAACAAAUGAUAAGGAAGAGAAAGUCCAAGAUACCAGAGAUAACGAAGGAGUAGUUAUGGAUACAGUAAAGCAAAUGGGUAAAGAUGACUCUGAGGCGAAUGGAAGUGAUAAAGUAAUUUCUGAAGGAAAGAAAUUGGAGCUGAAAGAAAUAUCAAAUGAAAAAGACGAAGAUCAAAAACAGAAAGUUUCAACAGCUGAUGCAAAGACCGACGUUGAAAAAAGCGUCUCCAGUGCAGUUUCAAGCAGCGACCAAAGCAAAUCUGAAGUUAAGAAACCGACGAAGAGAGAAAGACGGAAGAGGCAAGAAAGAUAUCAGCGUUCAAAAACAAUGAGUGCAAUCAUGUAUAACGAAAUCUCGCUUGAAGCUAGAAGAGAAAUACAGCACAAAGGAGAUGAUGCAAAAUCUGGAGACAAAAAUGGUGAAUCUCUUGCUAUACCUUCAGUCUCGGAAAUCAAGAAGAGGUUCCUAGAAGCGGAUACUGGAAGUUCAAAGAUGUCUGAUCUUGGUUUGUUUUACUCCGGGAAAACUCCUGCGUCUGGGAAAUCUCCGGGCAUUGUUAAAUUGUCUUCGCGAAGCAAGACUGCGGAAAAAGCUUCAGUGAAAGACGACUCUACUACCAGUAAAGCGAAGAAAUCCGAGGCUCGAUCUAGAAAAAAUCUUUCUCGAAGACAUACAGUUGCAAUUGGGACUACCCUCACCCAAGAUGAGAAUAUGAAUACAAGAAAUACUGAUUUAAUUGGAAUGAACAAUCAGAAUACUGAAUCUUUUAUUACGGACAAAAAGCAAACGACGGAAACUAAGGCUAAAAUUCCACUGGGCCGUAGACAUACACUACCCAGUUACAAAACAGAGAUCUCUGUACAUUGCAACAAUGGUCAUUCGUCCGUUAAUCAUGCACAGAAAGACGUCUCAGAGAGUGGAAGUCGAUUGCCUGUACGGCGGCAUACAUUUUGCUCGGGAACCAGUUUUAUGGUUAGUCGCCAUAAAACUGUAAAACUUCCAGAUUCUGUCGAAACUCUCAGAGAAAAAUUUUCUAAAGGUGGAGCACCUGUCUUUAAUUUAGCAACUUCAAGCAAAGAUAGUUCUACCAAAGCUGGGAGUGACGUUGAUAGUGAUGAAAGAACCCGGAAACGUGUUGUAAGUGACAGCACUGUUAAGCGGAUCAUUGAAGAAGCUAAGAUUUUAAAAGAUGUGAAUAAGGAGCGUGGAUCGUCAUUGAGCAGAAGACACACCAUUGCAACUCGUCCUAAAAGCGAAGAUUCCGAGAAAGACGAACAAGAAAGACAUGAAAUCCUGGACAAAUUUCUUGCAAAAGAUGAUGAGAUUGAGAAAUCUCAGAAAUCUGAGAAAAAGACAAUUACAAAAGAUGUCGAAUCAAAAACAGUGGAAGAUGACCCAAUCUCUAAACGUACAAAAAAAGACAAGGAAGAAAAAUUGUCUGUUUUAAAAUUAAGGAGGUUAUUUCAUGGUCAAGCUUCUAAUACUGAAAAGAAAACCAAGCUCAGAGAACGACGUGCAACGACGAUUGGUGGCAGCAUAAGUCCAGAUAUCGUGAAAGAACUUGAUAUAAAGAACAAAGAUAGUAAUAACAAAUAUGUUGAUUUAUAUGUUAAUGAUACGACAUGCGAGGAAGCAAAGGAAGAUAAAACAGAGAGAAGGCGGCGAAGUAGCGACUUGAAUCCGGACAGUUAUUUAUCAUCGAAACCAUUAUCCUCUGAAGAAACAGGGAAAGACUCUGUUUUCAGUGACGACAAUGCUCAACCAGAAAAUAGUUCAAGUAAUGUUGAAACAUCAGCAGAUUCAACGAGUCAACCUGCCUUUACAAGAAGACGAAGUGUUAGCGACUCUGACAUGAAAAUAGCUAGUGGUGUUUCUGUAAGAGAACAAAAUUCAUCUCAAAAUCAAGUUCAGUUUUCAAGUGAUGUUAUCGACUUGAAGACACCAACAGAAACAAAUCUUUCUGUGUUGGACCCUGCUAGAAGACGAAGCGGAAGUGAAUCUGACUUGAGCAGGGCUCAUAAUGGUUCUGGAAAAGACCAAAACCUUGACGAUUAUCUUACUACUGCUAUAAAGACUUUGACUGAAAGUCCCAAAUCACAAAGGACAUCUCCUCAGGGUUCUCCUCACAAAGAAACGUUCACUGCCAGUCUUGAUCAAAGUGAAGAAAGACAUGAAACAAAGCGACAUUUAGAUGUUGUAAAGUCGAACCUGAGUAUGCAUUCUUGGUCCACGUCAGAUCUUGAUAAGCUCAUUCAUGGCGGUGAUGGAGUUCGAUCCAGUAUGAGUCAAGUGGAUAUUUCUACAAUGGACUUUGAUGAAAUAUCAAGCAGCACGACCAGGUAUGUGUCAACAGGAUUUUUGGGCAUCUCGCCAGAUUGAACUGAUGUUAAAGGAUGCAACUAUGGGCAGAGGGUCUUAAUUACAGUUUUUAAAGCUGCUCUUGUCCAGGUUAACCCUAUAGGAAAUGUAUAAAUUUUUGAAAUGGGCUGUACUAAAUAUUUUGUCAUUAUUUCAGGUUACAAUCACUGACUGAGGGUAGAACAAAAGUUAGACCAAAGCGAACAAGUUCAAAGACGUUGAAUCCCAUGAAAUCUUUGAUGGAAAGAACUGAUGUGAGAACUCACACAGAACAACCAGAGGUACGAGAAAGCAUUAUUGGAUCAAUUUCGAUAGAACCAACCACCAGUUAACACCAUGUUACUCGUGGCAAUUUUGGCUGCAACUUGCAAUCCAAUUUCUGAUACAAAGUCCUGUUAUUUAACAAGUAUAGUCAGUAAUCUCAAAGUGAUGUGAGCAUGGCAUUCUGUUCUGCUGACACUUUCUUUACCAAACUGACUCUCACCAAUUAACUUGCUCAGAUGAACAAAUUCAUUUGAGUCAUUUGAUUUCAGUCAUUCGCAACUUCCUGUAUUUGGUAAUUUCUGCUCACUUUCUGUCUCUUAUGCUUGGUCAAUUGCCCCAAAACGAAACAUUGGUGCAUUUAACAGGAAAUUUACCAGUUAUACGGGAAGCCACCAAACCUCAAACAAGAGAUCGAAUGGAUUGGUUCUUGUGAGCAAAUGAAUUGGUAGAAUAUUUUAGGAACAUAUCCAUUGCCACUGACGAGUGUAAGUGAUGAACAGUGCUGCCAGAAUAAACCGUGGGCUAUGCUCAGAAUUUUCCUGCGACUAUUUGUUAAAUGCCAAAGAUUUAUUUGUCAGAAAUUGCGUUGCAAGCUGCAGCAGAAAUUGCUUCGUAUAAAAAAACAUAGUUUGAUGCUUAUGAUGUUGCUCUGAGUGUAUAUCUACACCGGGUAAGCUUGAAAAAUAUGCCUGACAACGGGAGGAAUCGAACCUACAACCUUUGGAAUACUAGCCCAAUGCUCUGCCAACUGAGCUACGCGGUCAGGUCAGUUCGAGUAUGUCACAGUGAUAUUUCGGAACUGAGUCUAGUUUCUUCGAUAUCAAUGUAAUCUAAUAAUCAUGAUUUUUCUGUGUUGGUGUGAUGUACUCAGGUGAAUCACAAGCAUCAUUUUCACCUGAGUGCAGUACACCAACACAGAAAAAAUCAAAACAUAGUCUGUUUUCCAAUUCAACCGUAUUGGAAUUAUUUGGCUGACGUUGUUUAUAUCACUACUACCCAAUUCACAACUGUAUAUAACUCAUAUACCUACAGUUGUUACUAUUGCCAGAGGACCUCGUGUUGUAUUUUUCGCAACCGUUCGCAUACCUAUACAUUAACGUGGACAUUUAUAUGGUGACGUCGUUUCGAGUCAUUUAUAUGGAAAUUCAUCCCAUUUUUCGUUUUAGAAUAAUUGACAAAACAGUAUUAUUAUUAUAUGGGUAUGUUUCUUAUAAGUGCAUGCACCAAAGCUUGAUUUUUAUGUUAUUAAUUUUGUUUUACUUACAGGAAGAAAAUAAGCCGGCGUCUGGGUUUGAAAAGGCAAAGAAACGAAGCAAUCCCAGGAAGAAACGAUCGCAGUUGGAACCCUGUAAGUACAGGGACAUUUGACAUCGAAAAAAUGUUGAUUUGGUGUUCUUUGGGAUAGCUUUGUGGUGCUCACUCAGUGUGUUAUUUCCUCUUUCUUGGGUCGUGUAGUUUAGUUUAGUUUUAGUUUUAACAGCUUUAUUGAACGAUGUUUAAACGGCAAGAGUGCGAACGGGAUUCAAGACCCAUGUGAGGCACUCUCUCUCUCUUGAAUUUUGUUUACAUCUAAUAUCAUUAUAUUUACGACAAUAUUAUAAAUUAGUAAACAUAUACCAGCUGAUUAAUAUCAAAUUAGGACGCUAUUGCACCACAUUUAAGUUAUCAUACAUAGUACAGAUUUGUAUAAUCAUGUUAAAAAUUUGAAAGCUGAAUCAGGAUAAAACAAAACCUGACACGAGGAGCUGGUAUAUGUUUACAUCAGAAUUAACUAUUUCUAUGGCAUGAACAGCUACGAUAUAAAGACCACGUACAGCAUAUGUCAACAUUAAAACUACUGCUUAAUAAAUUGAAGUAUGUUCUUGAUAAGAAGGAUUUAAACGUUGCUUGAUAUAGGGUCCUGCAGGGGAGGGGGUGAAUUCACAAGGAUGCUUUAUCUAGUUCUAGUUUUGACACCCGUGUCUGCAGUAGAUAACAUUUAUUACUUCUUCUUUCCAGGGAGACGUCACACGUUAGACCCGGUAGCUUUAGCUGCUCUUGCCAGCCGUGAAGAUUUCUCCAGAGUAUCUCUGAGAAGGACGAAAGGGCCUGGUAAGGAGAAGGACGAGUACGAUGGAAGCUUGCCAGUGAUGUUGAUUCAAAUAAAAGGUAAACUGAACGUCUUUCUGGGAAGACUUACUGAAGGACAAGUGUCCCCUUCCCCGGAUAAUUCUCUCCAUUACAUAGAAUUUCUAAUAUAGAGGGUUAACAUUUUUCCUAUGGGAAUGCCCUUUUGUGAUAGGCUGACACGUUCGAUGUACCCUCGAUGUAUCUUCAGUAAAUACCGUUGGCGUUGAGUGCUUACAUGCAGGAAUGGCGACCCGAGCUGCUUGUACGUGCAAAGUACGGCGACCCAUGUCGAACCUGCGAGGCUGUGUCGCAUAAUACGACAUGACUCGCUGUGUUUUGUGCCUUACGAAACUAAUCAAAACUUGCCAAACUUAUUGACUCCGACGCCGCUCUUCUGUCGUACUUAAUCGUUGUAUUAAGUUCAGUCACUUCAGUGAAUGAAAAAUUCACUUGAAAGAUGUUAUACUCAUUUGUAUCCACCAAACCCAAUAUUCAUAAAAAGUUCACCGUCUAAAAAGAUACCAUAAUGUUUGUGAUGUUGUCUCUAAGUCAAUGCUCCACCAACUGAGCUACUCAGUUGACAGAGCAUUGGUGUAGUAAACCAAAAGUCGCGGGUUUGAUUCAAGCAAACUUUUUAACUUGCCCGGUGUGGACACACUCGGAGACAACAUCACAAACAUGUUUGAAACAUUUAACUUCACCUGAGUGCAUAACACGAGAAACAGAAGCAAGCAUAAGAUAUAUAUCUCAAGAUGCAAACAUGUUGGACAUUGCUGAGUUUUGCAUUUAUAAAGAUGUCACUGAUAAGACUGAUAAUUAUUUCUGUUUGUUAAUGUUUAGGUCGCCGUCAGGUACAAACACGUCUUGUAGAGCCAAGUUUAUCUUCGCUGAAUACUGGAGAUUGUUUCAUCUUGGUAACGACAAAAGAAUUGUUUUGUUGGAUUGGAAAGCAUGCCAAUACUAUUGAGAAAGCCAAGGUGGGUAACCGAUCCUGGAAUUUUCCUAAAAUCUCUCCAUAGUCUAAGCAAGCAUCAGGCUCUAUUUGUAAAAAGCACAAUUAAACCUUCAUCUGGUCACUCUUCACCCUAAGGUCCCUAGGUAAAGUUUAUAUUCAGUAUCCAAUCAAAAUGUCCCGAGAGAAAUGUCAAUUGCACGCAAAACUACAGUCUAGUUAUAAUUUUAUAUUUGUAUUGAUAUUUAGGCUGUUGAAAUUUCAUCUAAGAUCCAGAAGCGUGGUGACAUGAACUGCAAGACUGGAGAUGUAUUGUAUAUCGACGAAACAAAGCAAGGAAACACUUUAGCGUACAGAAAGUUUUGUAAAAUAUUGGAGGGUGAGGCAGAUUUCCCCAUUGAAGGUAAGUCAUACAAUGCCAGUAUACGUUUUAUCUUCUUCAUUGACAUUCAAUUCUUUCUUUUUACAAACUGUGCUGAUUGCUAUUAUUUAUUGCCUUUCAGAUGCAAAGAUGUGUCCUGACGACGAGUUCUAUGAACGAGAAGUGAUCUCUACGAACAAAGUGUAUAAAAUGCAGGAAGGUGAACCGCCACAUUUGAUUCCUGUCACGGAGCUGUGUGGUUAUAUGCCAAGGAUUGGAAUAUUGAAUACAAAAGAGGUAGCUACGGUUUGUUGCUAAGCAAUCCAGUAGCGCCGGGUAGCGGCUUCUUGGACAGCCUCCACCCCAUCGAAUAAAUCACUAAAAAUAACUAAUUAAUUAAAUAAAGAUAACAUGGUUAAUUAAAGAUAACAUGGUUAGGAAGGCCGAUGAAUUUCAGUGUGCUUCACGAUCGAACACCAACUGAUAGUGAAAAGGAUUUCAUCGGUGUGUACAAAUGGAUGGAUUUACUGGGGGUACAGGUAAAGGGGUGGAAAAUUCCUUAUCGGAUCCAUUAUUUUUUUGGAUUUGGAAAGGCAAAUACCAAAAACAAAAAUUAAAUAGAGACAAAACCAGGUGGUUACAUGAUUGUGAAAUUGUCAAGCGAGACUACAGACUAGUGUUUCGCUGCCGUAACGUUCACACUUAUAUUUUUUACAAUGCAUCGAGCAUUGAAGAUCCCCCCUGCCCUUCUUUAUGACUAGCCACGCGUUUAAUGGUAGAUUUUUCCUUCAGGUUUUUGUAUUCGAUUUUGGUUCGGAGUUGUACGUGUGGACUGGUCAGCAAUCAUUAUCGAACAAGAGAAAAGUGGCAUUUCACUUGGCAGAAAUGCUAUACAAACAACAGUUUGAUUCUUCCGAUGGGGUAGUUAGCCCUAUCGAUCCAAGACGUGCUAUGAAAAGGUCACAGUCCUCACAACCCAUAUAUCAUGACGCCGAGGGCAAGAAAUGUGGCCGACCCAAGUGGACGUUGUUCGCAAAACUUCAUGAAAAAGCUGAGACGUUGUUGUUUCAAGAGAAAUUCUUUGAUUGGCCUGAUCCGACCAAAAUUAUCAGGAUGAAAGGGCAUAUUAGCAGUGGGGAAAUUCCUGAGGUACAGUAUAUAUCAGCUUAAACGACAAUGGCAACAAACAAUUAUCUAUAAAAUCACAAGAUUGUUGAGGAUAUGCAUACACUCAUGGGGUAACGCAAAAUUUUUUUUGUGAGGAUUGGACCAGAUUUCAAUUUGAGUCCACGCAAUAUUCGCGAUCAAAAUGCAAGGACUUGAAAUGUAGUCCAGUCCGAAUUGGAGGAUUUGAAAUGACAUUUUAUACGAUUAAAUCACUGUUUAAGGUGAGGACGUGAGGUGAAUUAAUUUGGAUCCAGUCCUGGGACCUUCAUUAGGUGGUAUCCAGUAUUAUCGUGUGAGCAAAAUAAAGUGCCAUGAGUUAAUUUACUUAAAGAACAUUUCAAAUUGUCAAAACAUGUCAAAACAUUUCAAGCGUAUAGUGUAACUUUCUUUUCCAGAUUUUUGUUCCUUUGCUCCGCUUAUUUCAGUAUGCUUGAUAUUUAAAAUUGCAUCAUACCACCACAGAUAAUAGAAUAUGUUCAAUGUUUGGGGCCAUGUACGAUAUAAUACUGAUUUCAUUUUGUGUUUGCUCGUCAAUUAUCAAUGAUUUUGCAUUAGCUCUCCGCUGUAUUCCAACAUUUACUUAUGCUCCAAUCAAUCUAUAUAUUUCUUGUUGUUUAACCCAAAUUUUCUCCUUUCUAUAGCGCCCCCCACCGGUGGAACUCAAACCAUGUGACCCAACUGACAUGCAAAAACCCGCAAGCGAUCUGGAGCCCGCCAUUUUAGAGGCAACCAACCUGGGUCGUGGUUUGGGAACUCCUAAUAUUGAAGUGAACGGCGAGGUUAAAGAGGGAGACCUGGUAACUACUCUUGGGAUGACAGUUUGGCUGGUGACGCAAAAUAAACAUUUUGUUCUACCCAAACCAAGUGAAGGACAUUUUCAUUCAGGUUUGUAAAAUUCGCAUCAAUUGGUAAAAUAGACAAGCGUGAAGAGGCGUCAGUGGCGUACUCGUCAGCGCAAGCACCUUAUACACCAACCUCGUACCCAGGGUAUUACCUUCACCCUGGGUACGAGGUUGCUUAUACACCUCUGAGAUCGUGGGUUUGUCUAGUUCCUUCGAUAUCAGUAGGCUUUAACGAUCUUGAUUUUUUUGCUUCUGGUGUUGUGCAUAUAUUUACCUGGAAGGAACUAGAGAGGGUACCGAAAUAUCAUCCACUCUAACCAACUUGACCUCGUAGCUCAGUUGAUGGACAAUUGGACUAGCAAACCAAAGGUUGCGGGCUCAAGCAAACUUUUCAGCUUGCCCGGUGUGGACACACUCGGAGACAACAUCACAAACAUAUAACUUCACUUGCAUAACAAAAAUGUUUACAACUGUUGAAAAAUACUAUCCGGUGGAUAUCUGACCUUCGUACAACCGACCCCACUAGGUCCACAUAUUUGAUACGAAAUUACUUACCCCAUGCAAUUCUCUGAUUUUCUAGGGGAUGGCUACGUCAUUCGCUGGGUGUAUUUCGUGGCCAAGAACCGGACAGUGCGCGACAGACGUGGUCGUAUCCGUCCGCUGACUGGUAGACAACGCUGUGCAUAUUUCUUCUGGCAAGGCAAUGAAUGUAGUGUGAAUGAGAAAGGAGCAGCGGCCAUCAUGGCAGUGGAAUUGGAUGAGGAGCAUGGACCACAGGUAGACUGGCACUAGCUUGUUGUCAUAGUGAUACGUAAUGUCAUUAGACUUGAUGCAGCGACGAUGGUCCGCAUCAAAACCUCAGUCAAAAUGAAAGUUAAUGAAAGUUGGCAAGUGAGAGUUUUGCAUGAGAAUUCUGCGACUCUUCAACGAGAACUAGAGUUGUUAUGAUAGUUGACAAGAGUUCGCAGUCAAACGCGGGGGCUGCGUUCUGAGAAGCCUGUGAGCCCAACCGCUGUACCUUCCCAUAAAUAUUUUCCACCUCCGCCUGCAUUUCCAACAAAUUCCGGCCUUGUCCGCCUCUGGUAUAUGAGGCACAAACGUUAUUUUAAUACAUUUUUUCAUUCCCAGAUACGAGUAGUAGAAGGAAAAGAGCCUCCUCAUUUCUUGAAGUUAUUUGAUGGAGCCAUGGUCAUUCAUUCCGGAAAGUAUGUUUAGUUUUUGUUUCUCUCCAAUCUUGAAAAAAUAACUUUUUAUUGAAUUAAGGAUUUUGUCUACCAGCCAAUAAAUAAUUGUGGUUCUUAUAUUUUUUUCUCAGACGAGUACGCGUUAGCGAAGAGCAAGAUGACUUUUCUGGUAUGUAUAUGCAACAAACAAUUACAUCAUUAAUAAACCAUUCCUUACUUUACUGUAAAUGUUACUUCAGUAUGCGAUGGACGACAUUAGAGAGUUUGGUGAAUGCAACCGGGAAACGAGCUUGCCACAAAGUUGGAAUAAUAAUUUUACGCUUUUGAAAGACUAUUAGUGAAGCAAAUUUCAUGAAAUUGCAACCAAAAAGGUUAUACGAAUUGAGAUUAGUACCAACAAUUUUUUGUUGAGAAAUUGCUGAGAAUCUAAAAUUUACCAUUCAAAAGCAGGGUGCGCUAUGUCUUGUAGUUUGGCCACUUGGCCGCUAAAACAAUUCCCUUCACUUGUGAAAGCUUUAUUCACUUAUCCCCGUGUAAACUGACAACUAAUUUUCAUUCUUUUGCCCUCCGAUGCAGAUAAAUCUACAGUUCGAAUGUAUUGUAUUCGUAACGAAGAUAUCUCGGAAGGAUGUCUAGUUCAAGUGAAAAGAAGGUAGUCCACGUUUCUAAUUUCGAUUCAGAAGUUGUAGUUCAAGUUUGGAAACAAGGAAUGGGUAACUUUCCAAACGGAUAUUUUCAUGAAAUGCAACGGAGCCUAGAAUUUCUACUUGACCAUCAUUUCUGUAUAAUUCACAAAUUUACCAUGAAAUUCAUGAAGUAUGAUAUAUAUUUUGGAAGAACAUAGUGGUUGUUUUGAAUAUAGUAGAGUUCUUUAAAUAGUUUGUAAAUGAAUCACACUAACAAAUCUUUGUGAAUGUUUAUUGUAGUACUUCGUCAUUGCGAUCAAGAUCAUCAUUUGUCAUCGUUGAUUCUGAAAAAGGCAACGUCUUCGUGUGGCAUGGUUGUAAGACGAAUGAAUAUCACAGAAAGUCUGCAGAGAAAGCUGCUAACUUUAUUAAAGAAAAGUAGGUCGAAAUGUAGUAACACGUUCACACUACGCUGGAGCGAAAUUGUUUGAAAACAUCACUUUCGCCGUAACAAUUUGAGCACGGUUUCUAAACGGAGCGAGGUGAAAACGGAGCGCUUGGCGGCUUCGUGUGAACACAAACGCCGUUAAUUUUUUGCACCGCUUACAAACCAAGCAUCUUGGGUCUCAAAACAGUAAAGUCAAAUGCUUUUCGCUUAAAUUUCUUCGCUUUAUUUGAAAUAUUUUGGGUCGCGUGAGUCACAGAAUAAGAAGGUACAGCAGAAGUGUAACUCAAGCAAGUAUUUGUCCGCGUUUUUACAAGCGAUUCGUCAUUAAUCACGCCAUCCUGGCUAGUACAGCCGGCACUUUGCACCUACCAAAACCUGAUAAAAACUUCCGGUUGUACUAGCCAGGAUGGCGUGAGCAAGUUAAAAUUUUCGUGGACGUAAAACAAUAAGGGAACCGACUGGAGUUACACUUCUGCUGUACCGUCUUAUUCUUGUGCGUGAGUGCUAAUUUAAUUUGUAAACAAACUGUAACGACGUAUUGUGAACACAUGCACGUAAAGUCUGCUGGCAUUAUUUCACUCCGGUGUAGUGCAAAUGCGGUCUAAAUUGUACUACUGCUCUCUGCUGAGUUAAGCCUGCUUCUGUAUGUCGGUUGCUGGAUCAUUGCACAACUCAGAUAUGAUGUGUUUGUAAACUCGUGUAAGCAGAGUUGUGGUUGGUCUGCUCCUGUGCUUGUAGGGUUUUCUUUCUCAGAAAAAAAACUAAUCCUACCACCUAAGCUCGUUUGAGCUGUGUCCCUUGAAUCUCCGUGAGCAACUACCGGAUGAUUUGGCACCCCAUAACUGUAUUUUAUUUGACAUUCCUAGACAUCCUGUAGAGAUGAAUCUGUCAGAAGAAGUAUCUGUGUCUGUUACAGAGAUAGAGGAAGGUCUGGAAUCAGACGUAUUUUGGUCGACUGUGAGUGGAAAGAAGAAUAGCUACUUGUCAUUAUUAAACGGUAAGAAGGCUUGGUUUUGAUCGGUUUUAUCUCAGAAGAUUGUCCAAGUUUAAUAAGUCCAGGAUGGUUUCCAGGCAUGUAUAGAUGGGCUCUGAUUAGAUGGAAAUUUCGAACGAAAGUUUCUAUACAACCUAGACCCUUCCUGCUAUAGAGAGCUAAAGUUUUUUCCGCAGCUGCUUCGAGUUAGGUCUAAAAUUGUAUACUAAUUGACGUCAGAUCACGUAAGUAGCUCCUAAGAAUAAGUUAGAAAUAAUCUAUGAAAUAAUCGUCUUUCUUCAUUUCCAGAUCCUUUGAACUACGAUUUCUGUCCGCGUUUGUUUCACAUGACCAGUUCCACGGGACAGUUUACAUCCACAGAAAUCCUCAGUUCCUCCAGAUAUCUCGGUAGAACAUGCCCGUUCCCAGUCCUUCAAGAUGAUCUGCACUCCGCGUCCCAACCAGGUGAGAUAUGAACAUCAGAAUGUAGACUACAUCACAGAUGAUAGAUUGUACCAGAUGUCUCACUGUGUAUCUAUCCCUAUGAUUGUCGUGUUCGCGAUUUUCGCGAGGCUAUCACGCCAGAUGACGCGUGCGACACUUACUGCCAAAAUGGCGCUUACUGCCAAAAUGCGUGAUUGCUCACGUUUCAUGGCGUGGAUUACACUUACUGCGAAAAUGGCGGCCAACUCGUGCUUAUAAAAAAUCGCGGACACAAUUUAGGCUGAGUGAGACAUCUGGUAUAAUCUAUCAUCUGUGACUGCACUGAUCUCUCUCUCUCUCUCUCUCUCUCUCUCUCUCUCUCUCUCUCUCUCUC